GGAAAGGCUGUGGCCCGGUUCGGAUGGAAUUAAGCGCGUCGCUCGGCUCGGUACCAAAAUGACAGCGCCGCUGUGGCAGCCAUCUUUGUACGGACGGGAAGUCUCGUCGCUAGCUCCCGCCCCCUCGCUCGGUGGGAGGCGGAGGAGGCGGGACCCGCCCCUCCUCCCCGCCUGCUAGCUGGCCUCGCCCACCCUCCCCUUAAAUAACCUCCACGCCUGCGCAAGCGCGCCGGGGCAGGGUGGCUUCGCUGCCACCACGGUUCUGCCAUGUUGGUAAAGGUAUGGGGACGGGGCUGGAACGGAACUUCCUGUUCUCGCGCGAACUAGCGGCGUGACUGCCACGUCCGAGCAAGCCCGGAGAGGAGACAGUCCCGGAGCCGCGUGAUGGCCAGGGGCCUGCGGACCGCCCACUGGGUGGCCGUGGGACUGCUGACUUGGGCGGCCCUGGGGCUGCUGGUGGCCGGACACGGGGGUCAUGGUGACCUGCACAAGGAGGUGGAAGAGGACUUCCAUGGCCACAGACACUCACAUGAGGAUUUCCACCAUGGACACAGCCACGCCCAUGGCCACGGCCACACACACGAGAGCAUCUGGCAUGGGCAUACCCACGGUCACGACCAUGGACAUUCACAUGAGGAUAUGCACCAUGGCCAUAGCCAUGGCCACUCCCACGGGAGCCUCCACCACAGCGGACACGGACAUGACCAUGAGCAUAGCCACGGAGGCUAUAGAAAGUCUGGGGUUCCAGGCACCAAGCACAACCUGGAUACGGUUACCCUCUGGGCCUAUGCACUGGGGGCCACAGUGCUGAUUUCUGCAGCUCCAUUUUUUGUACUCUUCCUCAUCCCAGUGGAGUCAAACUCCCCCAGGCAUCGGUCUCUGCUCCAGAUCUUGCUCAGUUUUGCUUCUGGGGGACUCCUGGGUGAUGCUUUCCUACACCUUAUUCCUCAUGCUCUGGAACCACAUUCUCACCACACUUUGGAGCAGCCUGGGCCCGGACAUGGACACUCCCACAGUGGCCAGGGCCCCAUUAUGUCUGUGGGGCUAUGGGUUCUCAGUGGCAUUGUCGCCUUCCUUGUGGUAGAGAAAUUUGUGAGACAUGUGAAAGGAGGACAUGGACACAGUCACGGACAUGGAAGUCAUGGUAAGUCAGAGUGCUCUUCAAAGGAGAAGACCAGCUCAGAGGAAGAAGAAAAGGAAAACAAGGAAAGAGGGGGCUUGCGAAAGAGGAGGAAGGGGAGCAUAGGGCCCAAAGAUGGGCAAGUAAAACCUCAGAACCCAGAGGAAAAAACAGGCUCAGACCUGCGUGUGUCUGGCUACUUGAAUCUGGCUGCUGACUUGGCACACAACUUCACAGAUGGUCUGGCUAUUGGUGCUUCCUUUCGAGGGGGCAGAGGACUUGGGAUCCUGACCACAAUGACUGUCCUAUUACAUGAAGUGCCCCACGAGAUUGGAGACUUUGCCAUCUUGGUGCAGUCUGGCUGCAGCAAAAAACAGGCAAUGCGUCUACAACUGCUGACAGCAAUAGGAGCGCUGGCAGGCACAGCCUGUGCCCUGCUCACUGAAGGAGGAGCCGUGGGCGGUGAAGUUGCAAGCGGUGCAGGUCCUGGCUGGGUUCUGCCAUUCACUGCAGGUGGCUUCAUCUAUGUAGCAACUGUAUCUGUGUUGCCUGAGCUGUUAAGGGAAGCAUCACCAUUACAGUCACUUCUGGAGGUGCUAGGGCUUCUGGGAGGAGUUGUUAUGAUGGUGGUGAUUGCCCAUUUCGAGUGAGAGGGAGAAUAAACCCCCUACCCCUGCCCUAAGCCUCUACCCCUGUCCCUAAGUCAGGGGUCUGCGGCAGUUGGGAGCCCUAACGGGAUAUCUGCCAAAAAAAAGUUCUAGCCUAGGUGAAUAGUGACUUUGGCAUUGAGGCCUUCAAGGUUUGGCAGUCUUACAGGAGCUGUAGAGGUGAGGAGAGGCCAGAGGGACCAAAGUGUUGGACAUUGCACAACCAUAUUGGGAAGGGUUAAAUGGGACUGUGAAGAAGGCUGAGAUAAUGGUAGCCUACCUGGUGCCCUCUACCCAACUUGUUCUCAGAGUACCAUGCUCUCCAAGAUCCAUUCCCCCCACCCCCACGGGUUAGUAAAGGCUUCCGGGAAGGAGGAGCCAUGGGUCAACAUCAAUCGUGUAUCUGAUUUGGGAGUGAUUGGGGGUGGGCAUGGGAAGGGGUUAGUAAUCUCAUGGCCUGAAUUUUUUUGUUUCUAUUCAUUUUUUAUCACUGUUUGAAUUGAAGGGGAGGGGGGGUGCCGGAAAUAAAGUCCUUGGAUCUUC